GCCAAACCAUUAUGUGUAAUGAUAAAUCUGUGCAUAAUAAAUAAACCCAUAUAAAUUAAAUGGGUAGUGAGCCUCUAUUAUUAUCAUUACAGUCAUGGUGCUAUUUUGUAUUGCUCCUAACACCGCCAUGCUUUGAGGUUACACUGUCGUGUCGUUUCUUAAAGGCAUGCAACACAUUUCUGUCGGCAUGUCCAAAUAUUUUUUCCCAUAUCGUGUUAUGAUAUCUAUAUCAUCAGGAUAGUGGAAAAAUGGUGGAUCGAGCAUAUAAGCAGUGCUUUACUCCCCUUAAUCAUUCUCUCCCCCACGCUACUCACUACUCUCUCUACUCACACACAUGCACUUGGCCUUCUCCAUGUUCUACGACGUUAACAUUUAAAGCACCCAGCAAUACGUUUCUCUUCAUACGUUGGUGUACAAUGUAUAAAUGUAUAGUCCUGACUCCUGUCCCAUACGAGUGUUACAGCUGUAUGUACAGCCUGAUGAGGCCGUCCUCCACAAGGCGUCUGACCCCAGGCCGUGCCACGCUGCGUGUCGCUGUCUUGCAGGAAGGACAUCUCCCGCUACAUCGACAUCCCCCACAACUUCUCCCUGACUCGCGGCGGGGUGCGCGUGGGCCAGCUCAUGCACUACGACUACUCAAGCCACAAGUACGUGUUCUCCAUCGGGCAGAGCUUCCACUCGCUGCUGCCCGAGGCCUCGCCCAUCCUCAACAAGCACUACAACGUGUGCGCCGUGGUGGGCAACAGCGGCAUCCUCACGGGCUCCAAGUGCGGCCCGCAGAUCGAGAAGUUCGACUACGUGUUCCGCUGCAACUUCGCACCCACCGAGAUCUUCAAGAAGGACGUGGGCCGGCACACCAACAUGACCACGUUCAACCCCAGCGUCCUGGAGAAGUACUACAACAACCUGCUCACCGUGCAGGACCGCAACAACUUCUUCCUGAGCCUGAAGAGGCUGGACGGCGCCAUCCUCUGGAUCCCCGCCUUCUUCUUCCACACGUCGGCCACCGUCACGCGCACGCUGGUCGACUUCUUCGUGGAGCACCGGGGUCAGCUGAAGGUGCAGCUGGCCUGGCCCGGGAACAUCAUGCAGUACGUCAACAGCUACUGGAAGACCAAGCAGCUGUCCCCCAAAAGGCUGAGCACGGGCAUCCUCAUGUACACGCUGGCCUCCUCCAUGUGCGACCAGAUCCACCUGUAUGGCUUCUGGCCGUUCGGCUGGGACCCCAACACGGGCAAGGAGCUGCCCUACCACUACUAUGACAAGAAGGGCACCAAGUUCACCACCAAGUGGCAGGAGUCCCACCAGCUGCCCGCAGAGUUCAAGCUGCUCUACAAGAUGCACACCAAGGGGCUGCUGAAACUCAACCUCUCCCACUGUGCCUAGGGGCCUCCGCUUCCCUAGGCGCCCAUAUAGCCCUCGGGGCCCCCCACAUACCCCUAGGUGUCUCCACACCCCAUCACCUGGACCUCCUGGAGACCUUCCAGGUCGAGGGCUGAACAGGGGAAACGACACGCUGCUUUUGGAUGCUUUUGUUAAGAGCCGGAUCUGGGCAGUGGUCUUCGGUUCGUUCGUUUCUACGUUUUGUGUUUCCUCUGUCCAGUGGAUUAUCAGAAACAGGCCGUCCUGGGACUCGGUCCCGGCGUUGGGUUUGCAGAACAUUACAGUUCUCCAGACACCGGUGGCUGGGUGGUCGCCUGGACUCGGAUGAUGAACCUUUUGCUUCUGCAGCUAGCCUUCCCUUGGCUAGUCGGCCUCGUGGUUACGCAUUCUCCGAGGACCAGGACACGGAACUGUUCUGUGUGCAAGCAGAACAACCUUAAGGAUUCCUUUCACGUUCUCACCAGAAACAGCCUAGCAACCUUCGUUUUGAUAACUUUAUGUAACCGCACAAGCUCUAAAUAAGGUCUCUGUACUGUUGUUUGAAUUUUACUGGUAAAAAUGUUGCUCAACCAAGUAUAACAUACAAAUUUACCCAGUGAAGCAAUUUUAUCUGACAAACCGUAAGCGUAGAUAUAGGACCGGAUGGAUGUGUGUUAAAUUGUAAUCUUUGUAACAUUACUAGCUAACCUACUAGCUCAUAUAUUUUUAUUUAAUUUAUUCUGUUGCUAAAUUGACCUUUUAUUUUUGUUUGGUUUUUAUGCCUUAAAGUAUCCCAGAUAGAAAAGCAGGACAAGCUUUUGCUCUGACAAAGAACUAUACAACCAAGUCGAGAUGCCAACCCAAACUACCUUGCCCGAGCUAGGCUAACUAUCACUCGCUAAGUUAGUUCAGUUAUUGGCUACCUAACAUCAGCUCAGCUAACCAGCUAGGCUUAAUAAACCAGCAUAUGAUCAAUUCUAGAUAUCGUGUGAGUGGGUAGAUGUGAUGUAAUAGAGGAAUGAAUGGAGUGUUGAUGUGUGUGUACACAGCGAUGUGAACAUGCUUAAACAGUAUCUUUACAAACAUGGGAAGCACGCAUUUUUUUUGGGGGGGGGGGGGGUUAUGAAUAAGAUGAGUUUGUUAUUCAAGAAAUGUGCAGUAAUGGUUUUAAAAUUUAAAAUAGUAUCUUUUAGUCUAUGAGUGGAUAUGGCAUGUGCAGAGGAUUGUUCCUGUUUGGCUCAGGUAUGAUAAAGACUGUGCCCUGUCAGAAGUCAUAGCGGUCCUAUUUCCCCACCAGCGGUUGAUGGCAGAAGGAAACCUCGGGGAACGUAUAACUAAUAUUCAGAAAUAAUAACUAAUUGCAGGAAUUUUGAUUGAAAGAUUUGAAGGAUUCAACUAUAUUUAUAUUGUUGUUUAAAGAUUGUUCGAAUGUUUCCUAAGUUCCCCGUCCACCUUUGGACCCAAAUCAAGUGUCAUUAAUCAGUGCAGAGCAAACACCUCCAGGCGGGCUCCAUGGUAACGAUGUCGUAGCGUUAUCUCUUCAAGGAGCCGGGGCCUCCAGUGUGGAGCACAUGGCUCACACGUCCGCUUGAAGCCAGACAGCAUAAACACUUUGAUUACUACGUAUUCUGUUUGUUAAUUAACAUCAUUGAAUUUAAUUUGUUCCCUCUCCUCUCUCUUGUUUGGGAUAGGGAUCCCCUUUGGUUGCAAAAAGAGAGAAAACAUUCCAACAAUACGUAACAUUGAAUGAUGUUUACAUUACUGUUGUCGUUUUAACAAUCGCCGCUAUGAUUAGGUCGCUGAACGCACAACAUUCAGCUCUGUACCCCACAUGUUUUUAUACACUGCCUUUCUUGAGAGUGGUCCGUUCCUUAUGUUGCAUAUCAGUCUGUAGUAAUACUAAUGUCUAGUGUCGUACACAAUAUACUGUAGACCCAGAGAAAAUAUUUGAUUCAUUUAAUACUUGAAAUAUAUUUAUGUAGGUACUUCAUUCAACAGCAUUAUUGAACAGGAACAAUAGCAUAUUGUGUUUCUUGUGGUUAUUAAAUCAAUUAAAUAAGUUACUUAUUCUUCA